AUGCCCACCAUGAACUCCGCUUUGAAGGCUCUGUUCUUUGCCUUGGUCCAGCUGCAAGCUGCCGAAGCUCUGGACAAUGGAAUCGGCCGAAAGCCUCAUAUGGGGUGGAGCAGUUGGAAUGUUGCCCAAUGUAAUUCUGCUUCUGCAAAGUAUGCAAUCGACACGGCAAACAAAUUCAUCUCUCUUGGUCUCAAGGACCUAGGGUAUGAGUACAUCAACAUUGAUGACUGCUGGACAACUCGGUCCCGGGACGGCAACGGCAAGCUUGUGCCCGACCCCAGCAAGUGGCCCAACGGCAUCAAGCCGGUGGUCGACCAGAUCCACGGCAUGGGCCUAAAGUUUGGUCUCUAUGGCUGCGCCGGCCAGCAGACUUGUGCUGGUUUCCCCGGAAGCGACGGGUCUAAGCACGCUGCGUCGGAUGUCGCUCAGUUGGCCGAUUGGGGGGUUGACUUCUGGAAAUACGACAACUGUUACACGCCUUGCCUGGAUAACCCACCCCCGCAGACCUGCGGACGGCCCAAUGGUAACACCAAGACUUGGUAUGCCCCCAUGCGGGACGCCAUCCUCGCUGUCCAGGACAAGCACAAGAUUCAUUUCAACCUGUGCAACUGGGGUCGCGAUGAGGUUUGGAAAUGGGGUGCCGAGUACGGCCACUCGUGGAGGAUGAGCACAGACAACUGGGGUGACUGGGCCAGCGUCGAGCGCAUUGGCAGCUCGUCCGCCGCCAUCUCCGGCUACAGCGGACCCGGUGGCUUCAACGACCUCGACAUGCUGUACCUGGGGUCGUCCAAGAUCAAUGCCGAUCAGGAGCGCAUCCACUUCGGUCUCUGGGCCAUCGCGAAAUCCCCGCUGGUCCUCGGUCUCGACCUCAACAAGAUCUCGGACUGGACCCUUGGCAUCAUUCGCAACAAGGGCAUCAUCGCCAUCAACCAGGACUCCCUGGGCAAGCCCGCCACCACCUUCACCCCGCCGGGCAAGCAGGGCCCGGUCAACGGGAAGAUCCACCCGUACUGGGCCGGCCCUCUCAGCGACGGCGUCGUUAUUGGGCUUUGUGCUGGCACCUCGGGCGGCACCUACGGCGUUAGCUUCAAGGAUGUGCCGGGCCUGAGCGACAGCGAAUACUCGUGGGAGGAGAUGUACACGGGCCAGAAGGGGACCGGGAAGAGCAUCUCUUUCGACAUCAAGCUUCAUGAUAUGCGGGUUAUCAAGGUGACGACGACUCCUCGCAAGAUCCGGGGAAGUACGGCGCUUUAA